AUGGUUGUAGGCCAGCACUCGGCCCCUAGUAGCGAGACUCGCGCAGAAUCACAUCCCCCACUCAGCAGAGCUCAUCCCAGCUUCAAACUUGCUUUCGAAGUGUUGCGUCUCCCUACGAACUACGACUACGACACCCUGAACUAUGUCUGCAACCUUCAAACUACGCCUACGCCUUUUGACCUUUGUCUACGACCCGCGCUCCCCCUUCGAAGAACACCUACUCGUUCAGCUAAGUCCCUCGAAGUUCCGUUCUCGCGCCCGACCCUCGGACGAGACUCGUGCGCCCGUGCUCAAAUUGCACUUCGCCUUCGCGUUGUUGAGCCAGCUCCCCUCUUACCUUUCCUCCGCUUCUACAAGAAGUCCGAGUGUUCAGACGGUCCGAAACAGUCUUGUGACACCGUCCCGAGAAAGUCUAGUGAGGUCGUCACGUUAAGCGAGCUAUCACAACUACAAGCCCUCACCCACAACAGCUUCUCCGAGAAACAGCAACUAACCCUUUUCUUUGCACCCCCAAGUUAG